UGACGUCACAUCCGGCGUCCGCCGCUCCUCUUCCGGCCGCCGCUCCUCUUCCGGCCGCCGCUAUGCCGGGCCGCAUCUCGGUGUUCCCGUCCCCUCAGGAGCUGGGCUCGGCCCUGGCGCAGCUCGUGGUGCAGCGGGCGGCCGGGAGCGACGGCCGCUUCUCUCUGGGGCUCUCCGGAGGCAGCCUGGUGGGGCUCCUGGCCCGGGAGCUGCCCUUAGUCGCCUCCACCGGAGCCGCCACCGGGGCAGGCCCGUGGCUCGUGGCCUUCUGCGACGAGCGCCUGGUGCCGCCCGAGCACCCCGAGAGCACGUUCGGGGCGUACCGGGCGCAGCUGCUGCCGCGGCUCCCGGCGCCCGCCCCGACGGUCCUCGCUGUCGCUCCCGGGCUCUCCCCGAACGUGGGAACACCCCCCUACAUCCCCCCCCGUUCCCCGCAGGCCUUCCAGGGCGAGGCCGUGCCCGUCUUUGACCUGCUGCUCCUGGGUGUGGGGCCGGACGGCCACACCUGCUCCUUGUUCCCUGACCACCCCCUGCUGCAGGAGAAAGAGAAAAUCGUGGCUGCCAUCACGGAUUCUCCGAAGCCGCCGGCGGAGCGCGUCACGCUGACCCUCCCGGUGCUGAACGCGGCGCGCGCCGUCGUCUUCGUGGCCACGGGGGAAGGCAAAGCCGCGGUCCUCAAGCGCAUUUUGGAAGGCGAUGAGGAGAACCCCCUUCCCGCCGCCCGCGUCCGGCCGCACACGGGGCAGCUGCACUGGUUCCUGGACGAAUCGGCGGCCAAGGAUCUGACGGUGCCCUUCGAGAAGCAUUCCAUCUUGUAGGACCAUUUUUGACCCCAUUUAUUUUUGGGGGAGGCGGGGGAGAUCGGGCGGCGAUCGCCGCAGCGCCCGCUCGGAGCCUCCGCGUGGCGUGGAGGGUGGAGGACUCGGCGUGGGGACGGCGACGCGGCGUUGGGGUGUUUUUUUUGUGGGGGGAGCACAAACGAACGUCGAGGUCGUUCCGGGCUGGGAGCUGCACCAGGUGGAAGCGUCGCGUCGCGGUGAGCGGUCGCCGUGAGGUUUGGAUGAGCGCGCGGUAUUAAAGGUCGGGAUCUCAGCUCG